AUGGUUCAGGGGAGAAAUGGCAGCGUUCUGCCGGAGGAGCAGAGUCUGCUGAACAACCACGGGCAUGAGUCUCACACUCGCGGCGGUCGUUUAACCAAGGAUCACCGCUUCUGGGUUCGAUGGCCAGUGCAGACCGCGCAUCUGACAUAUGCGACUCUAACAAACAACUAUGUCAAUCUCUUCCUGGUUUUUGUCCCUCUGGGGAUUGUCGCUGGUGCGCUCAACUGGACACCGACGGCCGUCUUCGCCCUGAACUUUUUCGCAAUUAUCCCAUUGGCUUCGCUGUUGAGUUUCGCGACGGAGGAAUUGGCGGUUACAAUGGGUCAGACCCUGGGUGGUUUGAUGAAUGCUACCUUUGGAAAUGCAGUGGAAUUGAUCGUGAGCAUUAUUGCCCUGAAGGACCACCAGAUCCGUGUCGUGCAGGCCAGUAUGCUUGGAAGCAUUCUUUCGAACAUCCUUCUGGUCCUUGGCUGCUGCUUCUUUGCGGGCGGUCUGAGAUACCAUGAGCAGAGCUUUAACAGCACUGUGGCAUCCACAAUGUCUUCCCUCCUGGCUUUGUCAUCGGCGUCUCUGAUCAUCCCCGCCACGCUCUACAACGCCCUGACCGGCCUGAGAUCUGAUCAUGACACCGAUAAGAACAUCCUCUUUCUCUCUCAUGGCACUGCAAUCAUUUUGCUCAUCAUCUAUGUGAUGUACUUGUACUUCCAGCUUAAGUCGCACUCCGACCUCUUCGAGGAGGCGAACAACGAGGAAUCGGACAUUGAGAACCAGGAAGAAGGGCACACCGAGGAGCAUCUGCUCAGUCCCUUUGCGGCUGGUGUUGUCCUUAUUAUCGUGACGCUCCUUGUCUCUGUCUGUGCCGACUAUCUUGUUGGAAGCAUUGACAGCCUUGUAGAGAAGACCGGAAUGAGUAAGACUUUUAUCGGUCUUGUCCUUAUCCCCAUCGUUGGUAACGCGGCCGAGCAUGUGACGGCGGUGGUUGUUGCGUGGAAGAAUAAGAUGGACCUGGCUAUCGGUGUCGCAGUCGGAAGCAGCUUGCAGAUUGCUCUAUUCGUCACUCCGUUCCUGGUUGUGCUCGGUUGGAUCAUCAACGAGCCGAUGACUCUGCACUUCGAGACCUUCGAGACAGUUGCCUUCUUUAUCUCUGGCCUGGUGGUGAUCUUCCUUAUCCAGGACGGCAAGUCUAACUACCUGGAAGGUGGUCUGUGUUUAGGACUGUAUAUGAUCAUGGCUAUUGCAUUCUACGUCUACCCGGAUACCCCCAACAAAAAGGAUCCCAUCGGCGGACUUGCGAACGUCGUAACCAGAUCCUUCCAGUAA